UAAGGAUGUGAUGAAGGAUGUGAUGGAGGGCCUACAGCAGACUAACAGUGAGAAGAUUCUGCUGAGUUGGGUUCGUCAGAAUACACGCCAGUAUCCUCAGGUCAAUGUGGUUAACUUCUCCAGUAGCUGGAAUGAUGGACUGGCUUUCAAUGCCCUCAUCCAUAGCCACAGGCCUGAACUUUUUGAUUGGAGCUCUGUGGAGAAGAAGACCUCGGCAGUCGACCGACUGGAACAUGCCUUCAGUAAGGCAGAGCAACACCUGGGGAUAGAGAGGCUACUGGACCCGGAGGAUGUGGCAGUGGCUCACCCCGACAAGAAGAGUAUCAUCAUGUAUGUGACGUCACUCUUCCGGGUACUUCCGCAAAGUGUUUCUAUGGAAGCCAUCCAAGAGGUGGAGACGUUACCUCAGGCAGCCACAGCCAAUAUCACCCGUGUGACAACAGAGGAGCACUAUCAGAUCCAGACCAAGCAGCGCUUCUCUGAGCAGAUUACAGUGAAUGUGGCUCAGGGGCGAGUGCAGAGCCCCUCCCCUCAGCCUCGCUAUAAAAGCUAUGCCUACACCCAGGCUGCAUAUGUCCAGUCGCCCGAGCAAAAGAGGAGGCGUUUUACUGAUCAGUUCCUGGAUCCCGGCCAAGAGGAGCUGCAGCAGCGUCUCAGUCCUCUGCCUGCAGGAAGCACCAGCCUGGAGAGCUACCAGGCUGCACUGGAGGAGGUCUUGACGUGGCUUCUGUCCGCUGAAGAUGGUCUCCAGGGCCAGGCUCCUAUCUCCAACCAUGUGGAGGAGGUUAAGGAGCAGUUUCACACACACGAGGGGUAUAUGGUGGAGCUGACAACACACCAGAGCAGUGUAGGACGAGUCCUCCGGGCCGGUGCUGCCCUGCUGGGGGAAGGAAACCUGAGUGAAGAGGAGGACUCUGAAGUCAGAGAGCAAAUGAACCUUCUCAACUCGCGGUGGGAGCACCUAAGAGUCGCUAGCAUGGAGCGACAGAGCAGACUCCAUGAAGUUCUGAUGGACCUGCAGCAUGAGCAGCUGCAGCAACUCACAGACUGGUUGGAUGUGACAGAAGCACGGAUUAAGAAGAUGGGGGCUCAGGCACUGGGACCUGACCUGGAGGACAUCAAGCGCCGAGUAGAAGAACACAAGCUCCUGCAGGAGGACCUGGAACUUGAGCAGGUGAGGGUGAACUCUCUGACCCACAUGGUGGUGGUGGUAGAUGAGAACAGUGGAGAUAGCACCACUGCUGCCUUGGAGAGCAAACUUCAGGUGCUCGGUGACCGCUGGGCAGCGAUUUGUAGAUGGACAGAAGAACGCUGGAUUCUGCUUCAGGAGACUCUCCUGAAAUGGCAGCACUUCACCAAUGAACAGUGUUUAUUUGACUCCUGGUUAACUCAGAAGGAGGAGAUGGUUGGGUCCAUUAAGACAACCAACCUGAAGGACCAGACGGAGAUGGUGGCCUGUUUGCACCAUCUUACUACUGUGAAGGCAGACCUUGAUGUUAAGCGUCCCACCAUGGACAAAUUAUGCUCAAUGAGCCAGGAUCUGCUGUCCAGUGUUAAGAACAAAGAGGUGGCCAGCAAACUAGAGGCCAGACUGGAUAGCUUUGCCCAGCGCUGGGAGCAACUAGUCCACAUCCUAGAGAUGGGUAUCACCCAGCUCUCGGCAGCUGUCCGUGCAGCCCAGCACUCCGAGCUAACCCACUCAGUAACUGCGACUGUAACCAAAGUGACAACACGAGAGAAGAUGUCAGCUGUCCGCCAGACCCGAGAGUCACCGCCUCCACAGAAGAAGAGACAAGUAGUUGUGGAUUCUGAGCUCAGGAAAAGGUUCGAUGUGGAUUUCACUGAAGUCCACAGUUAUAUGACUCGUGGUGAAGCCAUUCUGCAGAGCCCUGAAUUCUCUGUGACACGCAAAGACACCAGUAUUCAGGAGCUACAUGACAAAGUCCAGGCGAUUGAAAGAGAGCGGCCAGAAAAGUACCGCAAGCUUCAGGAGGCCACACGCACAGCACAGGCCCUAGUCGAGCAGGAGGGGAGUCGUGCCGAAGACAUUGCCCAGGCAGCAGAACAGCUUAACCAGCGCUGGGCAGGAUUCUGCACCCUGCUAGGAGACAGACUGGCAUGGCUGUCCUAUCAAACAAAGGUACUGGCCUUCUACAGCUUGUAUGAGCAGUGUGAGCAGGCAGUGGACAGCAGUGAGAACUGGCUCAAAGUUCAGCCCCCGCUGGCAUCUGAACCAGAGCCACUCAAAGUGCAACUGGACCGAUGUCGGGAAGAGGUGGCUCGGCUGUCCUCACUGCAGCCCCAGGUGACCCUCCUGGAUAAGAGGCUCAAAGAGCUGAAGGAAGAGAAAGACGGGGACGAGGACCCUGCAACAUUCCUGGAUGUUGACCUCGAUGCCUUCAAAGAACACUACCACAAGGUCCUGGAGGAUCUGAGGGCGAGAGAGAAGCACCUACAACUAGUUUUGGAGAGUUUGCCCCCAGCUCGUUAUAGGGAAACAAUAUCAACGUUGUUGUCAUGGUUACAACAGUGUGAAGCCAAGCUGGCCAUCCCAUCAACAGCUGUUACAGAAUAUUCAAUCAUGGAGCAGCGACUAAAGGACAAUCAGGCUCUCCAGGUGGCUCUGGCUGAACACCAGGGGGAUGUGAACUACCUGACUUCAGCUGUGGAGCUGGUCUUCCAGAAAGCACCACCAGAUGUCAGUCAGAAGUAUCGCAAUGAGAUGGAUGCCAUCAUGGGGCGUUGGAGACGACUGGGCUCCACUUUGACAGACAGCGCCCAAAGAAUACAGGAACUCAUGGCCAAACUGAUGCAGUUUGAGAAUGACGUAAAGACUUUAAAGAAGUGGAUGGAAGAUGUCGAUGUCUUCCUGAAUGAGGAAUGGCCAGCUCUUGGAGACUCUGAGGCACUCGAGAAACAGUUAGAGCAGUGCACAGCUUUGGUGAAUGACAUUCACACCAUCCAGCCCAGUGUCAAUGGCAUCAACGAGGUGGGCCUGUACCUGAAGAAAGAGGCUGAGCCUCCAUUUGCUGUGCAUAUCAAGAAAGAACUGGACUUACUCAAUGCGCAGUGGGAAAACAUUUGCAAACAGGCCUAUGCAAAGAAGUCAGCUCUAAAAGGAGGCCUUGACAAGACCAUGGCUCUGAGGAAGGAGAUGCAGGAGAUGCAGGAGUGGAUCAACCAGGCCGAGGAAGACUACCUGGAGAGAGACUUUACAUAUAAGACGCCUGAAGAUCUAUGCAAGGCUGUUGAGGAGCUAAAGACGGCCCAGGAAGAGGUUCAUUCUAAGGAGCAAAAGGUCAAACUCCUGACUGCCAGUGUGAAUAGUUUCAUUGCCAAAGCCCCGCCCACAGCCCAUGAUGCUUUGCACUCAGAGUUGGAUGUACUGACAGCCAACUACCAGCGCCUGUGCAGCCGCCUUGAUGGGAAAUGUAAAACUCUAGAGGAGGUGUGGGCGUGCUGGUGUGAAUUGCUGUCCUACAUCGAGCAGGAGAAUGCCUUUCUGGACCAGUUGGAGGAGAAACUGGACAAGACAGAAAACUUGUCGGGAGGAUCUGAUGAGCUACAGAAAGUGUUGGAUAGCAUUGAGGUUCUUUUGCAGCACCCAGAAGACAACAGGAACCAGAUCAGAGAACUCGCCCAGACUCUGAUGGAUGGAGGUGUUCUGGAUGAGCUGAUUCAGCAAAAGUUGGAUGCUUUCAACACCCGAUGGGAUGAACUGAUGGCGAGGGCAGCACUCAGGCAAAAAGAGCUGGAGCAGAACCUCCAGUGGGCUCGGGAGAAUGACGAGACCCUGAAGCAGAUCCAGGAGUCCUUAGCUAACACAGACCGCCACCUCACUGCAUACCUGGCUGAUCAAAUCGACGCUCAGCAGAUACCACAGGAAGCUCAGAAAAUCCAGUCAGAGCUGAGCAGCCAUGAAACGACGCUGGAGGACUUGAGGAAGAAGAACCAGAACAAAGACAAAGACCCUUCCCCAAAGAUCAUGGGACAGUUGGACCUUACCCAGAAUAUGCUGGCAGACGUGUGGACUAAGUUCCGACUCUUCCAGAAGCCUGCCAACUUUGAUUCUCGGCUGCUCGAGUGUGAGCGCGUGCUAGCCUGGGUCAAAAGUCAAAUGGGGGUGCUGGACAUCCGCAGUGUGGAGCAGGAUGUGGUGCAGUCACAGCUGGAGCAGUGCAUGAAGCUGUACAAAGCGCUGAGUGAAGUGAAAGGGGAGGUGGAGACGGUUAUAAAAACAGGCAGACAAAUCGUGCAGCGGCAGCAGACUGAGCAGCCCAAAGAGCUGGACGACAGAGUGACUGCUCUGAAACUGCUGUAUAACCAGAUGGGAGCUCAGGUGACAGAGAGCAAGUUGGAGCUGGAGAAGAGUCUGAAGUUGUCAAGGAAGCUGCGUAAGGAGCUGAACGGGCUCACAGAAUGGCUCGCCGCCACUGAUGCCGAGUUGACGAGGCGCUCUGCAGUGGAUGGGAUGCCCAGUGACCUGAAGGACGAGGUGGCGUGGGCACAGUCCAUCCAUGGGGAGACGGAGAGACACCAGCCACAGCUGCAGGCAGUGGUGGACCUCGCCGAGACCUUAAAGGCUGUGCUGCGCGGCCACGGAGGCCUCGUGGACGACAAAGUCAGCCUGCUGCACUGCAACUGGAUUGCAGUGACUUCUAGAGCAGAAGAAUGGCUCAACCUGCUGCUGGACUACCAGCAGCAGAUGCACAAGUUGGAUGGACAAAUACAGGAAGUGAAUGGAUGGAUCAAUGGUGCAGAGAGAAAAAUGAAUGAGAUAGACAGCCAGGGACCCAGUGAUGUGUUGAAGGUGCUACGUGCAGAGCUGGAACUCACCAGAGGAAAGAUGGAGGAGGUAAGGUCUCUGGGGCAAGAGUUAAUGUCCACCAGGGGGGACAACUGCCAGGCCGUGGUCGGACCCAAGCUGGAGCAGCUUAACCACAGAUUUGACGCCAUCUCUCAGCGCAUUACCUCUGGAAUGACGGCGGCAUCAGCCAAAGAGCUGGAGCAGUACCACAGUGACGCGCAGGUCUGGCUGGAGCUCCUGGAAGAUGAAGUCAAACAAGGGGAAAACCUGAAGGAAGAAGAUUUCCUGGAGGACAAGGACUGUGAGGAGGGCGCAGUUAAGGAGUUACUGUUAAAAGGAGAGAGUCUACAGAAGAGAGUCCCGGAUCUGGACAAGAGAGAGGAGAUCAGACUUAAGCAUAACAAGCUGAACAUGAAAUACAACACAGUGAAGGAUCUGCGCGUCCUUCGAAACAGGAAGGCAUUGGCUAUUGCGCCCCAGUGGUACCAAUACAGGAGGAAGUCACAUGACCUGCUUGCCUGGCUAGAUGACAUUCAGCGCAGAGUGGACUUACUGCCUGACCCGCCUGAGGGAGAGAGGGUCAAGGAAAUUGGCUCAGAGUUCGACAAGAAGAAGGAGGAGCUUAAGGAGGUGCAGGGCUUAGCCAAUCAGCUUUCAGAGGCUGGAGCCACCAAUCUAGUGGAGCCCCGCCAACUCCAGCUCAACACACGCUGGGUUGAGGUGGAGGGCAAGUUCAUACCCUUCAAAAGACAAUGUGAGUAUAUCACAGAGCUCCAGGCGCUGCUGUGCUCGGUGUCAGAGACGGACUUCAAGCUGAACUCUCCUGAAUACUGGCCUGCAGCGUAUUAUAACAUGUCUCAGCAGGAGCACUGCCUGAAGGUCAGCGUUGCUUUUGAACUUGUGUCUAAAGCCCAGAACAUUGACAAGCUGCGAGGUCCCGUCGAUGGAGUUCUGGCUCACAGGAAGGAGAUGAUGUCUGGUGCUCGACCUCUGGAGGGCCAAAGAAUCCAGGAGUCUGUCAACCUGCUCAGUCUCAGCUGGGGCAAACUGAACAAGCUCUACCAGGACAGACUUAAGCGUUGGCAGGAUUGUAACUGCAAGUGGCAGAAGUUUGUUUCGGAUCAGAAGGAGCUGGAGGAGUGGCUGAAUGAUGCUGAGGGGACUUUGAAACUGGCUGAGAGUGACCCAGGAGCACACCGACAGCACCUAAGGGACUUGACUGAGGAAAUACCGCUGCAGGAAGCGGUGCUGGGCAGAGUGAACUCUGCAGGGGUGGACAUAAGCCAGAUGAGCACAGCAGAUGAUGCUCUGCAGCUUCAGUCACAGCUCAAGUUACUGAACACUCGGUGGGCCAACGUCUGCCAGCAGCUCAACAAACGAAAGAGGAGGUCUGCAGAGGCAUCCAGCCUGACCGCAGAGCUGCAGGAGAACGUUGGCUCGAUGCUGGGCUGGCUGGACAAAGCUGAGGGCGUGCUGGCCAUUCCUCUGCAGCCUGCAGAGCCACAGCACAUAAGAGACACUCUGGGCAAAGUUCAGGUGUGUGUGGAGGAGCUUCCUGCCCAGAAUGCAGUGAUGGAGAGUCUGAACUCAAGACUGAAGAUUCCUGCUGAUAAACACAAAGACGUCAGGAUCAUAAACACUCGCUGGUCUCAGGUGUCAACGGCUCUUCCUGAACGUCAGCUGGAGAUCGAGGGUCUGCUGAAGGAGAUGGAGAAGUGUGAGAGUCAUCUGGAUGACCUGUCAGUCUGGGUGUCCAGCACCAGAGCCAAGCUGGAGCACAGCCCUGAGGGACCAUCUGCCAGGCUCAUUAACGAAGUGAAAGUCAAGCAGCCAGACGUGGAGUGUGUGUUGGAGAAAGCUGAUCAGUUAUACAGGGACUCUCCUCUUGAGCAACCUGGCAAGAUGAAAUAUAUCAGGCUGAGGGAAUCUUGGACAGUAAUCUUGGAGCUGCUGCAGCAGCACAAGGAGAGGACGGCUGCUCAGCUUAUAACCAGGAAAGACAGGAUAAGGUUCGGGCUGGAAUACAUGGCUGGAACGUCUAUUACCGUGGGACGGUCGUUGGAUUUCAUCCACAGCCCGGUGCGUAGCAUAGGAACGCGGAAGGUUGUCUUUCGCGUUCCCAUGGAAUACCUCGGAUGUGACAAAUCGUUGGGUUUCAGGAGGGAACUGCGAGCGAAAGAGCCCGUUAUGACCAAGGCUCUGGAUGAUGUGGGAAUCUUUCUGUCUGAACUUCCACACGACACACCGUCACCUGAGCACAGAGAUAUCAGCCCAGAGGAGCGCGCACACAACGUGGGGCGAAUCCUGCGUAAAGAGGCGGACGAUAUGAUGAACAAAUGGGACCAGCUCAACGCUGACUCGGAUGACUGGCAGAGGAGAUUAGAGCUGGCCCUUGACCAACUGAUGGAGCUGGAGAAGGCAGAGGACCUGCUGGAUGGAAAGCUGAGCCAGGCAGAAAUGGUAAAGGAUGCGUGGGAACCUGUAGAAGACCUCCUGAUUGACUUGCUACCAGACCACAUCGACAGAGUCAAGGAGUUUCAGGAAGACAUUGCACAGAUUAAGGACGAUGUGACGCAUGUGAACGAAUUAGCAUCCACUUUCAAUCUGCCUGAUAUCCAGUUAUCAUCCAGGAACCUGGAACGCAUCGAAGAUCUGAAUACACGCUGGAGCUUGCUCCAGAUCUCCAUCAACGAGCAUCUCAAGCAGCUGACAGAUGCUCACGGGGAUUUUGGCCUUACACAUGGAUCUGUGGUGACCCCCUUCGAGCAGGGCAUCUCUCCAAACAACGUGCCGUACUACAUCAACCAUCAGACCCAGACAACAUGCUGGGACCAUCCCAAGAUGGCUGAGCUCUACCAGUCUUUGGCCGAUCUGAACAAUGUUCGGUUCUCAGCCUACCGCACAGCCAUGAAGCUCCGACGCUUGCAGAAGGCUCUCUGCUUGGACCUGUUGAGCAUGCCGGCAGCUUGCGAGAUAUUCGACCAGCACGGUUUGAAGCAGAACGAGCAGCUGCUGGACAUCUCUCAGCUGGUCACCUGCCUCACGAGCCUCUACCAGCGACUUGAGCAGAACCACUCCCACUUGGUCAAUGUCCCGCUCUGCGUUGACAUGUGCCUCAACUGGCUGCUGAACGUCUACGACACCGGUCGCACCGGGAAGAUCAGAUCUCUGUCGUUCAAAACUGGCAUCAUCUCACUCUGCAAGGCUCAUUUGGAGGAUAAAUACAGAUUCCUGUUCCGGCAGGUUGCCAGUGCGACGGGAUUCUGUGACCAGCGUCGACUUGGCCUCCUGCUGCACGACUCCAUUCAGAUCCCCCGACAACUUGGCGAGGUCGCCUCCUUCGGCGGCUCCAACAUCGAGCCCUCCGUCCGCAGCUGCUUUCAGUUUGCCAACAACAAGCCUGAGCUUGAGGCCACCAUGUUCCUGGACUGGAUGCGCCUGGAGCCUCAGUCCAUGGUGUGGCUUCCUGUCCUUCAUCGCGUUGCUGCUGCAGAGACCGCCAAACACCAGGCCAAGUGCAACAUCUGCAAGGAAUGUCCAAUCAUAGGCUUCAGAUAUCGGAGCCUAAAACAUUUCAACUAUGACAUCUGUCAAAGCUGCUUUUUCUCCGGCCGUGUUGCAAAGGGGCACAAGAUGCAGUACCCCAUGGUCGAGUACUGCACCCCGACCACAUCAGGAGAGGACGUCCGAGACUUUGCCAAAGUGCUGAAGAACAAAUUCAGGACCAAGCGUUACUUCGCCAAACACCCACGGAUGGGCUACCUGCCCGUGCAGACCAUCCUGGAAGGAGACAACAUGGAAACUCCUGUCACACUGAUCAACUUCUGGCCUGUAGACCAUGCGCCGGGAUCUUCCCCUCAGCUCUCACAUGACGACACGCACACGCGGAUCGAGCACUAUGCCAACCGGUUAGCAGAAAUGGAGAAUCGUAAUGGCUCUUAUCUCACUGACAGUAUCUCACCCAAUGAGAGCAUCGAUGACGAGCACAUGUUGAUCCAGCACUACUGCCAGUCUCUGAACCAAGGCUCUCCUCUCAGCCAGCCCCGCAGCCCCGCCCAGAUCCUCAUCUCCAUGGAGACAGAGGAGAAGGGAGAGCUGGAGAGGGUCCUUAAUGACCUGGAGCAGGAGAACAGGAAACUGCAAGCAGAGUACGACCGCCUGAAGAAGACGCACGACAGAAAGGGUCUUUCCCCACUGCCAUCGCCCCCGGAGAUGCUACCAGUGUCACCACAGUGCACACGUGAUGCUGAGCUUAUCGCUGAGGCUAAGCUGCUACGGCAACAUAAAGGCCGUCUAGAGGCCCGGAUGCAGAUACUGGAGGACCACAACAAACAGCUGGAGUCCCAGCUUCACAGACUGAGACAGCUCCUGGAGCAGACGGAUUCCAAGGUAAACGGCACAGCUCUGUCCUCGCCAUCCACCUCCUCUCAGCGCUCCGACUCCUCUCUCCCUCUGCUGCGUGUGGCUGCCAGCCAAACUACUGAUACAAUGGGUGAUGAUGAGCUGUCCAGCCCAUCCCAAGAUGCAGCUGGGCUGGAGGAAGUGAUGGAACAGCUCAACAACUCUUUCCCUCAAAGUCAGGGUCCCAGCAUCGGCAGUUUGUUUCACAUGGCUGACGAUCUGGGCCGUGCCAUGGAGUCGCUGGUCAGUGUGAUGACGGACGAGAGGAGCACCCAACAGCACGAGGCCCUGCACUUCUGAUCCUGCCUUCAGCCCUAACCCCCCCUCUCCUCCAUCCCUCCCUACUUUCCUACCUACCGCAUGCUUUUCUAGUCAAAACAACUGGAUUGGAAACAGUUUACAAAGAGAAUAUAUAUAUAACAUUUAUUUUUGUGAAAGAUUAAAGUUCCAGCAAGGUCUCAUCAAAAAAGUACAUGUAGAUUUCAGUAGUUUCUUAAAAUGUCCUGAAGUUGUUUUAUUAUAAAGAGAGGCUGUUUUGGGGUUUUGUUUUUUAACUUCUAUGCAAUUGUACAAAACAACAAUGGGGCUAUGGGCCGGGGUCGAGAUACAGAGAAGCAUGGUCAUAUAUGUGCCGUCUCUUUGUAACUGGGAAACUACAUAUUUGUAUCAAAACGAAUGAUUGAAAUAAUAAGGGUGCUUUGUAAGAGAAAACAUGUCUUUGUAAAACAUACACUACUGUCAGAGUAAUGCAGACCUACUGGAUCUUUAAAGUAGAGCGUCUGCAA